GGCUCUUGCCUGGGGUUCUCAGGAGGGGAGAGUUAGGAGAGGCUUUGCUGCUGAGGAAAUUUAUUUGAUAGAUUGAAGGGUUGAACGAGCUGCAGAAACAAAAAGAAAAAGCCCGUAUGAGCCAAUGGUGUUCGGGAAGAGAAUAACCCCAUUGCCUUGAGUUUGUAGGUGCCGCUACUACUCUGGGAAAAUGGCAGAUGAUGAAGAAUAUGAGGAGGUGGUGGAGUACUACACAGAAGAGACAAUUUACGAAGAGGUGCCGGGGGAGACAAUAACAACGUUCUAUGAAACUACGACAACGACAACAUCUGACUAUGAGCAACCAAAAAUUUCCAGACCAGCACUGGCAGAGUCAGUGUCGGCACAGUCAGUGUCGGCACAACCUGUGUCAGCACAGCCAGUGGUGAGGAAGAAGGUCAUCCGGAAGAAGGUGGACCCUUCCAAGUUCAUGACCCCAUACAUUGCACACAGUCAGAAAAUGCAGGAUCUUUUUAGCCCAAAUAAAUACAAGGAGAAGUUUGAGAAAGCAAAAGGACAGCCAUACGCCAGUACAACCGAUACCCCAGAACUUCGCAGAAUCAAGAAAGUACAGGAUCAACUCAGCGAGGUCAAGUAUCGUAUGGAUGGCGAUGUUGCUAAAACUAUCUGUCAUGUAGAUGAAAAGGCAAAGGAUAUUGAACAUGCAAAGAAAGUGUCGCAGCAAGUCAGCAAGGUUUUAUACAAGCAAAACUGGGAAGACACCAAGGAUAAGUACCUGCUUCCCCCUGAUGCCCCUGAACUUGUCCAGGCCGUUAAGAACACAGCCAUGUUCAGUAAGAAACUGUACACUGAAGACUGGGAAGCAGACAAAAGUUUGUUUUACCCCUACAAUGAUAGCCCAGAACUGAGGAGGGUUGCCCAAGCCCAGAAAGCUCUCAGUGACGUUGCCUACAAAAAAGGUUUGGCUGAACAGCAAGCUCAGUUCACACCUCUGGCUGAUCCUCCUGAUAUAGAAUUUGCAAAAAAAGUAACCAGACAAGUGAGCAAGCAAAAAUACAAAGAAGACUAUGACAAUAAAAUCAAAGGCAAAUGGAGUGAGACACCUUGCUUUGAAGUUGCAAACGCCAGAAUGAAUGCUGAUAACUUGAGUUCAAGGAAAUACCAGGAAGAUUUUGAGAGCAUGAAAGACCAGAUUUACUUCAUGCAGACUGAAACCCCAGAGUACAAAGCGAAUAAACAGGCUGGGGUGGCAGCCAGCAAGGUAAAAUACAAAGACGACUAUGAAAAGAAUAAAGGGAAGGCAGAUUAUAAUGUACUUCCUGCUACAGAGAACCCUCUGCUCAAGCAGCUGAAGGCGGCAGGAAAUGCGCUAAGUGAUAAACUGUACAAGGAAAACUAUGAAAAGACAAAGGCAAAGAGCAUAAAUUAUUGUGAGACUCCCAAAUUUAAGCUUGAUACAGUUCUACAGAACUUCAGUAGUGAUACUAAAUACAAAGAUUCCUACCUAAAGAAUAUUUUGGGACAUUAUGUAGGCAGCUUUGAGGAUCCACAUCAGUUGCACUGCAUGAAAGUUUCAGCUCAAAACAGUGAUAAAAAGUACAAAGCAGAAUAUGAAGAAGACAAAGGCAAAGGCUUCUUCCCCCAGACCAUAACUCAAGAAUAUGAAGCAAUCAAGAAGCUAGAUCAGUGCAAAGAUCAUACCUACAAAGUCCAUCCAGAUAAGACAAAAUUCACUCAAGUCACCGACUCUCCUGUUCUGCUGCAAGCCCAAGUCAAUUCCAAACAACUGAGUGAUCUAAAUUAUAAAGCAAAACACGAAAGUGAGAAGUUCAAGUGCCAUAUACCCCCUGACACUCCUGCCUUUAUCCAGCACAAAGUCAACGCCUAUAACCUGAGUGAUAAUAUUUACAAGGAAGACUGGGAGAAGAGCAAAGCCAAGAAGUUUGACAUUAAAGUGGACGCCAUCCCCCUGCUGGCAGCCAAAGCCAACAGCAGGAACGCCAGUGAUGUGCUGUACAAGAAAGACUAUGAAAAGAACAAAGGGAAAAUGAUUGGGGCCCUCAGCAUUGAGGACGAUCCCAAGAUUCUGCACUCCUUGAAGACGGCCAAAAACCAGAGUGAUAUACUAUACAAGGAAAACUAUGAGAAGACAAAGGCGAAGAGCAUGAAUUACUGUGAGACACCGAAAUACGAACUCGAUACUUUGCUGAAGAACUUCAGCGAGGCUAAAUAUAAAGAUUCAUAUGUAAAGAACAUUUUGGGACAUUAUGUGGGCAGUUUUGAGGAUCCGUAUUACACACACUGCAUGAAAGUUUCAGCUCAAAACAGUGACAAAAGUUACAAGGCAGAAUAUGAAGAGGAUAAAAGCAAGUGCUAUUUCCCUCAGACAAUAACACAAGAAUAUGAAGCAAUCAAGAAGCUAGACCAGUGUAAAGAUCAUGCCUACAAAGUUCAUCCAGAUAAGACCAAGUUCACGGCAGUCACUGAUACUCCCGUACUGUUGCAAGCCCAGCUCAACACGAAGCAUCUUAGUGAUCUGAAUUACAAAGCGAAACACGAAGGCGAGAAGUUCAAGUGCCACGUACCAGCUGACGCUCCACAGUUUAUCCAGCACAGAGUCAACGCCUACAAUCUGAGUGAUAAUGUUUAUAAGCAUGACUGGGAGAAGAGCAAAGCCAAGAAGUUUGACAUUAAAGUGGACGCCAUCCCCCUGCUGGCAGCCAAAGCCAACAGCAGGAACGCCAGUGAUGUGCUGUACAAGAAAGACUAUGAAAAGAACAAAGGGAAAAUGAUUGGGGCCCUCAGCAUUGAGGACGAUCCCAAGAUUCUGCACUCCUUGAAGACGGCCAAAAACCAGAGUGAUCGUGAAUAUCGCAAAGACUAUGAAAAGUCAAAAACUGUCUACACAGCACCUCUUGAUAUGCUGCAAGUCACCCAGGCUAAGAAAUCUCAGGCAAUUGCCAGUGACGUGGACUAUAAGCACGUCUUACACAGUUACAGCUACCCCCCAGAUAGCAUCAACGUGGAUCUCGCCAAGAAGUCCUACGCACUGCAGAGUGAUGUCGAAUACAAAGCUGACUACAACAGCUGGAUGAAAGGUUGUGGCUGGGUGCCUUUUGGGUCCUUAGAAAUGGAAAAGGCAAAGCGGGCCUCAGACAUCCUCAACGAGAAAAAAUAUCGCCAACAUCCAGACACACUCAAGUUUACUUCAAUUGAAGAUGAUCCGAUUAUUGUGCAGUCCAAAAUUAACCAGGCCCAGAGGAGUGAUGUUGCUUACAAAGCCAAAGUAGAGGACAUUAUUCACAAAUACAACAUGCCAGCAGACCUGCCCCAGUUCAUCCAGGCUAAAGUUAAUGCCUACAAUAUCAGUGAGAAUAUGUACAAAGCAGACUUGAAAGACUUGACCAAGAAGGGCUAUGACCUAAGAACUGACGCAAUUCCCAUCCGAGCCGCCAAAGCUGCCAGGCAGGCGGCAAGCGAUGUUCAGUACAAAAAAGAUUAUGAAAAAGCUAAAGGGAAAAUGGUUGGCCUCCAAAGUCUCCAAGACGAUCCGAAACUGGUUCAUUACAUGAAUGUGGCCAAGAUACAAUCUGACCGGGAGUAUAAAAAGGACUAUGAGAAGACGAAGACUAAAUACAACACACCCCAUGAUAUGUUCAAUGUCGUGGCAGCUAAGAAAGCUCAGGAUGUGGCCAGCAAUGUCAACUAUAAGCAUAAUCUCCAUCAUUACACCUACCUGCCUGAUGCCAUGGACCUGGAGCUGUCUAAAAACAUGAUGCACAUCCAGAGUGAUAAUGCCUACAAGGAAGACUACAACACCUGGAUGAAAGGCGUGGGCUGGAUUCCUAUAGGCAGUCUCGACGUCGAAAAAGUUAAGAAGGCGGGUGAUGCUCUGAAUGAAAAGAAGUACAGACAACAUCCAGACACUCUCAAGUUUACCAGCAUCGUGGACUCCCCAGUUAUGGUGCAGGCGAAACAGAACACUAAGCAAGUCAGUGAUAUCUUGUACAAAGCUAAAGGAGAAGAUGUGAAACAUAAAUACACUAUGAGUCCUGAUCUUCCUCAGUUUCUCCAGGCCAAGUGCAAUGCUUACAAUAUAAGCGAUGUCUGUUACAAGCGUGACUGGCACGACUUGAUAGCCAAGGGCCCCAACGUGCUGGGUGAUGCCAUUCCCAUCGCUGCUGCCAAGACAUCGAGAAACAUUGCCAGUGACUAUAAAUACAAGGAAGCUUAUGAGAAGGCAAGGGGAAAGCAUGUGGGUUUUAGAAGCCUUCAGGAUGAUCCCAAGCUGGUCCACUAUAUGAAUGUGGCAAAGUUGCAGUCUGAUCGUGAAUACAAGAAGAACUAUGAGAACACCAAAACCAGCUACCGCAUCCCUGGGGACAUGGUUAGCAUUACAGCUGCAAAGAUGGCCCAGGAUGUUGUCACCGAUUUCAAUUACAAGCAGCCAUUGCAUCAUUACACAUACCUACCUGAUGCCUUGAGUCUUGAGCAUACAAGGAAUGUGAAUCAAAUUCAGAGUGAUAACGUUUACAAGGAUGAGUAUAACAACUUCUUCAAGGGCAUUGGAUGGAUCCCUAUUGGUUCUCUGGAGGUUGAGAAGGUCAGGAAAGCGGGCGAUGCCUUAAACGAGAGGAAGUAUCGGCAGCACCCUGAUACCAUCAAGUUCACAAGUGUGCCUGACUCCAUGGGCAUGGUCUUGGCUCAGCAGAACACGAAGCAGCUGAGCGAUCUGAACUACAAGGUGGAGGGGGAGAAGCUGAAGCACAAGUACACCAUAGAUCCUGAACUGCCUCAGUUUAUUCAAGCCAAGGUCAACGCCCUCAACAUGAGCGAUUCUCAUUAUAAAGCAGACUGGAAGAAAACCAUUGCUAAGGGCCAUGAUUUGGGACCAGAUGCCAUUCCAAUUGUUGCGGCAAAAAGUUCAAGGAACAUUGCUAGCGAUUACAAAUAUAAGGAAUCCUACGAGAAAGCCAAAGGCAAGCAAAUUGGAUUUCUCAGUCUUCAGGAUGAUCCUAAACUGGUUCAUUACACAAAUGUGGCCAAAAUGCAGUCGGAUCGUGAGUACAAAAAGGGCUAUGAAGCCAGCAAGACCAGGUACCACACACCUUUGGAUAUGGUCAGUGUGACAACUGCAAAGAAAUCUCAGGAGGCCGUCACCAACACCAACUACAGACAACCGUUCCACAACUACACUCUCCUUCCCGAUGCCUUGAAUGUGGAACACUCGAGGAAUGCCAUGCAGAUUCAGAGUGAUAAUUUAUACAAAUCUGACUUUACCAAUUGGAUGAAAGGGAUUGGCUGGAUCCCAAUUCAGUCCCUGGAGGUGGAGAAGGCAAAGAAAGCCGGAGAGAUUCUUAGUGAGAAGAGGUAUCGUCAGCACCCAGAGAAGCUGAAGUUCACGUAUGCCAUGGACACGAUGGAACAGGAACUUAACAAAAGUAACAAACUGACGAUGGACAAGAGGCGUUAUACUGAAAAAUGGAACAAAGACAAAACCACUAUUCACGUCAUGCCUGAUACUCCGGAUAUUUUACUCUCCAGAAUGAACCAAAUUACCAUGAGUGAUAAAUUGUACAAAGCUGGCUGGGAAGAAGAAAAGAAGAAAGGCUAUGACCUGACGCCUGAUGCUAUCCCCAUAAAGGCUGCAAAAUCCUCUAGCGACAUUGCCAGUGAUUACAAAUACAAGCAAGCCUACCAACAAGCCAAAGGCAAGCACAUUGGCUUCCGGAGCCUGGAAGAUGACCCCAAGCUGGUGCACUUCAUGCAGGUGGCCAAGAUGCAGUCAGACCGGGAAUACAAGAAGGCAUAUGAGAAGUCCAAGACGUCCUUCCACACCCCCGUGGACAUGCUGAGUGUGGUGGCAGCCAAGAAGUCUCAGGAAGUGGCCACCAACACCAAUUACAGGAACUUGAUCCAUACCUACAACAUGCUUCCCGAUGCCAUGAACUUUGAAUUGGCCAAAAAUAUGAUGCAGAUUCAAAGUGAUAAUCAGUACAAAGCUGACUAUGCUGACUUCAUGAAGGGUAUUGGCUGGCUCCCUCUGGGCUCCCUAGAAGCUGAGAAGAACAAGAAAGCCAUGGAGAUCAUUAGUGAGAAGAAGUACCGCCAGCACCCAGACACUUUGAAGUACUCCACAUUGAUGGACUCCAUGAACAUGGUUUUGGCCCAGAAUAAUGCAAAAAUUAUGAAUGAACACCUGUAUAAACAAGCAUGGGAGGCUGACAAGACCAAAGUCCACAUCAUGCCUGAUAUCCCCCAGAUUAUUCUGGCAAAGGCAAAUGCAAUUAAUAUGAGUGAUAAACUCUACAAACUUUCUUUGGAAGAGUCUAAAAAGAAGGGCUAUGAUCUCAGAACUGACGCAAUUCCUAUCAAAGCUGCCAAGGCUUCGCGAGACAUUGCAAGUGAUUAUAAAUACAAGUACAAUUAUGAAAAGGAGAAGGGGAAAAUGGUUGGUUUCCGCAGCCUUGAGGAUGAUCCCAAAUUAGUCCAUUCCAUGCAAGUGGCUAAAAUGCAAUCUGAUCGGGAGUACAAGAAAAACUAUGAGAAGACAAAGACCAGCUACCACACGCCUGCCGACAUGCUCAGUGUCACGGCCGCUAAGGAUGCCCAAGCCAACAUCACCAACACCAACUACAAGCACCUGAUUCACAAAUACAUCCUCCUCCCUGAUGCAAUGAACAUCGAGCUGAGCAGGAACAUGAAUCACAUACAGAGUGAUAAUGUGUAUAAGCAGGACUACAAUGAAUGGUACAAAGGGCUUGGCUGGAGUCCGGCUGGCUCUCUAGAAGUGGAAAAGGCCAAGAAAGCAACUGAGUAUGCCAGUGAACAGAAAUACCGCCAGCACCCCAGCAACUUCCAGUUUAAGAAGCUGUCUGAUUCCAUGGACAUGGUGCUUGCCAAGCAGAAUGCGCACACCAUGAACAAGUAUUUAUACACUGUUGAUUGGAAUAAAGAUAAGACCAAGAUUCAUGUGAUGCCUGAUACACCGGAUAUUUUACAAGCCAAGCAGAAUCAAACGCUAUAUAGUCAGAAACUCUACAAACUAGGAUGGGAAGAAGCGUUGAAGAAAGGCUAUGAUCUCCCAGUCGAUGCAAUUUCCGUACAGCUGGCCAAAGCUUCAAGUGACAUUGCUAGUGAUUUUAAAUACAAACAAGGCUACCGAAAGCAAGUUGGCCAUCAUAUUGGAUUCCGGAGUCUGCAAGAUGACCCAAAGCUUGUGCUGUCCAUGAAUGUAGCCAAAAUGCAGAGUGAAAGAGAAUACAAGAAGGACUUUGAGAAGUGGAAGACCAGGUUCAGCAGCCCAGUGGACAUGCUGGGGGUGGUGCUGGCUAAGAAGUGCCAGGCCCUGGUCAGCGACGUGGACUACAGGAACUACUUACACGGCUGGACGUGCCUGCCUGACCAGAACGAUGUUAUUCAAGCUAAAAAAGUUUAUGAACUACAAAGUGAGAAUUUGUAUAAGUCUGACCUGGAGUGGCUGAGAGGCAUAGGAUGGAGUCCCCUGGGUUCUUUGGAGGCAGAAAAAAAUAAGCGGGCUUCAGAAAUCAUCAGCGAGAAGAAAUACCGUCAGCCUCCAGACAAAAACAAGUUCACCAGCAUUCCUGAUGCCAUGGACAUAGUUCUGGCAAAGACCAAUGCCAAAAAUAGGAGUGAUAGACUGUAUAGAGAAGCUUGGGACAAAGACAAGACUCAGAUCCACAUCAUGCCUGAUACACCUGAAAUUGCUCUGGCUAAAGCAAACUUAAUCAACACAAGUGAUAAACUCUACCGAAUGGGUUACGAGGAGCUGAGGAAAAAAGGUUACGAUCUUCCUGUCGACGCCAUACCAAUCAAAGCAGCGAAAGCUUCCCGGGAAAUUGCUAGCGAAUACAAGUACAAAGAAGGCUUCCGCAAGCAACUAGGCCACCACAUUGGAGCCAGGGACAUCAAAGAUGACCCCAAGAUGAUGUGGUCCAUGCACGUGGCCAAGAUCCAGAGUGACAGGGAGUACAAGAAGGACUUUGAGAAGUGGAAGACCAAGUUCAGCAGCCCAGUGGACAUGCUAGGGGUGGUGCUGGCUAAGAAGUGCCAGACCCUGGUCAGUGACGUGGACUAUAAGAACUACCUGCACCAGUGGACGUGUCUGCCUGACCAGAGUGAUGUCAUCCAUGCCCGGCAGGCCUAUGACCUCCAGAGUGAUAAUUUGUACAAGUCUGACCUUCAGUGGCUAAGAGGCAUUGGAUGGAUGCCCACUGGUUCUCUAGAGGAUGAGAAAAAUAAAAGAGCCACCCAGAUCUUAAGUGACCAUGUUUACCGUCAACAUCCAGAUAAAUUCACAUUUUCCAGCCUUAUGGACUCCAUACCGAUGGUUUUGGCAAAAAACAAUGCUAUUACCAUGAAUCAUCGCCUCUAUACGGAAGCUUGGGAUAAAGAUAAAACCACUGUCCACAUUAUGCCAGACACCCCUGAAGUUCUACUAGCUAAACAAAACCAAAUAAAUUAUAGUGAGAAAUUAUAUAAACUUGGCCUAGAAGAAACCAGGAAGAAAGGCUGUGAUAUGAGGCUGGAUGCCAUUCCUAUCAAGGCAGCCAAGGCCUCCAGAGACAUUGCAAGUGAAUUCAAGUACAAAGAAGGUUAUCGUAAGCAGCUGGGCCACCAUAUUGGUGCCCGAGCCAUCCAUGAUGAUCCUAAGAUGAUGUGGUCCAUGCAUGUGGCCAAGAUCCAGAGUGACAGGGAGUACAAGAAGGACUUUGAGAAGUGGAAGACCAAGUUCAGCAGCCCAGUGGACAUGCUGGGGGUGGUGUUGGCUAAGAAGUGCCAGGCCCUGGUUAGUGACGUGGACUACAAGAACUACUUGCACCAGUGGACGUGUCUACCUGACCAGAAUGACGUCAUCCAUGCCCGACAGGCCUAUGACCUCCAGAGUGAUAAUAUGUACAAGUCAGAUCUCCAGUGGCUGAGAGGCAUCGGCUGGGUGCCCAUUGGCUCUUUGGAUGUGGAAAAAUGCAGAAGAGCAACUGAAAUUUUGAGUGAUAAAAUCUAUCGCCAGCCUCCAGACCAAUUCAAGUUUACCAGCGUGACUGAUUCUCUAGAACAAGUGCUGGCCAAGAAUAAUGCCAUCAAUAUGAACAAGCGUUUAUACACAGAAGCCUGGGACAAAGACAAGACUCAGAUCCACAUAAUGCCAGACACCCCAGAAAUUAUAUUGGCAAGGCAGAACAAAAUCAACUACAGUGAGAGUCUUUACAAACUCGCCAAUGAAGAAGCAAAGAAAAAAGGCUACGACUUGAGAAGUGACGCCAUCCCAAUUGUGGCAGCCAAGGCCUCCAGGGACAUCAUCAGUGAUUACAAAUAUAAAGAUGGUUACCGCAAGCAACUUGGCCACCACAUUGGAGCCAGGAACAUCGAAGAUGAUCCCAAGAUGAUGUGGUCCAUGCACGUGGCCAAGAUCCAGAGUGACAGGGAGUAUAAGAAGGACUUUGAGAAGUGGAAGACCAAGUUCAGCAGCCCAGUGGACAUGCUGGGGGUGGUGCUGGCCAAGAAGUGCCAGAUCCUGGUCAGCGACAUAGACUAUAAGCAUCCUCUACACGAAUGGACCUGCCUGCCUGAUCAGAAUGAUGUCACCCAUGCCCGGCAGGCCUAUGACCUCCAGAGCGAUAAUAUUUACAAGUCAGAUCUCCAGUGGCUGAGAGGCAUCGGCUGGAUCCCCAUUGGGUCUCUGGAAGAGGUCAAGUGCAAGAGAGCCGCGGAAAUAUUGAGUGACGCCAUCUACCGCCAGCCUCCAGACCAGCUGAAGUUUACUAGUGUGACUGAUUCUCUGGAGCAGGUGCUGGCCAAGAACAAUGCUAUCAACAUGAACAAGCGUUUAUACACAGAGGCCUGGGACAAAGACAAAACUCAGGUUCAUAUAAUGCCUGAUACACCAGAGAUCAUGUUGGCAAGGCAGAACAAAAUCAACUACAGUGAGAGUCUGUACAAACUUGCCAAUGAAGAAGCAAAAAAGAAGGGCUAUGACCUGCGAAGUGACGCCAUCCCAAUCGUGGCAGCCAAGGCUUCUAGGGACAUCAUCAGUGAUUACAAAUACAAAGAUGGUUACCGUAAGCAGCUUGGCCACCACAUUGGAGCCAGGAACAUCAAAGAUGAUCCCAAGAUGAUGUGGUCCAUGCAUGUGGCCAAGAUCCAGAGUGACAGGGAGUAUAAGAAGGACUUUGAGAAGUGGAAGACCAAGUUCAGCAGCCCAGUGGAUAUGCUGGGGGUGGUGCUGGCCAAGAAGUGCCAGAUCCUGGUCAGCGACAUAGACUAUAAGCAUCCUCUACACGAAUGGACCUGCCUGCCUGAUCAGAAUGACGUCAUCCAUGCCCGGCAGGCCUAUGACCUCCAGAGUGAUAACAUUUAUAAAUCUGAUCUUCAGUGGCUGAAAGGCAUUGGCUGGAUCCCCAUUGGGUCUCUGGAAGAGGUCAAGUGCAAGAGAGCUGCGGAAAUACUGAGCGAUACCAUCUACCGCCAGCCUCCAGACCAGCUGAAGUUUACUAGUGUGACUGAUUCUCUGGAGCAGGUGCUGGCCAAGAACAACGCCAUCAACAUGAACAAGCGCUUAUACACAGAAGCCUGGGACAAAGACAAGACCCAAGUUCAUAUUAUGCCUGAUACACCUGAAAUUAUGUUGGCAAAACAAAAUAAAAUAAAUUACAGUGCGUGCAUCUAUCGCCAGGCCAUGGAGGAAGCCAAGAAAGAAGGCUACGACUUGAGAAGCGAUGCCAUUCCAAUUGUGGCUGCCAAGGCCUCCCGGGAUAUUGCCAGUGAUUACAAAUACAAAGAAGCUUACCGUAAACAGUUGGGUCACCACAUCGGUGCCCGGGCAGUACACGAUGACCCCAAGAUAAUGUGGUGCCUCCACAUUGCCAAAGUGCAGAGUGACCGUGAGUACAAGAAAGAAUUUGAGAAAUACAAGACGAGGUACAGCAGCCCGGUGGACAUGCUUGGUAUCGUUCUGGCCAAGAAAUGUCAGACCUUGGUCAGCGAUGUGGAUUAUAAACACCCCCUACAUGAGUGGGUCUGCCUGCCCGACCAGAAUGACAUCAUUCAGGCCCGGAAAGCUUACGACCUCCAGAGUGACAAUUUAUAUAAGUCAGACCUUGAAUGGCUGAAGGGAAUUGGUUGGGUUCCGAUCGGUUCUGUAGACGUGGUUAGAGCCAAGAGAGCCACAGAGAUACUGAGUGAUAAUAUCUACCGUCAGCGUCCAGACGCAAUGACAUUUACCAGCAUUACCGACACUCCGGAGCAGGUGCUGGCAAAGAGCAAUGCCAUAAACAUGAGUAAGCACUUAUAUACUGAAGCCUGGGACAAUGACAAGAAAACAAUUCAUGUCAUGCCUGAUACACCAGAAAUCAUGUUAGCCAAACUCAACCGAAUAAACUACAGUGAUAAACUCUACAAACUUGCUUUGGAAGACUCCAGGAAGGAAGGCUAUGACUUGCGUUACGAUGCCAUCCCAAUCCAAGCAGCCAAGGCUUCUAGAGAAAUUGCUAGUGAUUACAAGUAUAAAGAAGGUUAUCGCAAACAGCUUGGCCACCACAUUGGGGCUCGGAACAUUCAGGAUGACCCCAAGAUGAUGUGGUCUAUCCAUGCGGCCAAGCUCCAGAGUGACAGGGAGUAUAAGAAGGAAUUUGAGAAGUGGAAGACCAAGUUCAGCAGCCCAGUGGACAUGCUGGGCCUGGUGCUGGCCAAGAAGUGCCAGAUUCUGGUCAGCGACAUAGACUAUAAGCAUCCUCUACACGAAUGGACCUGCCUGCCUGAUCAGAAUGAUGUCAUUCAGGCGCGGAAGGCCUAUGACCUGCAGAGCGAUGCUAUUUACAAGUCUGAUCUCGAGUGGCUGAGAGGCACUGGAUGGGUUCCCAUUGGCUCCAUAGAGGUUGAGAAGGUCAAGAGAGCAGGAGAAAUCCUUAGUGAGAGGAAGUACCGCCAGCCUGCAGAGCAGCUCAAAUUCACCAGCAUUACAGACACCCCAGAAAUUGUUCUGGCAAAGAACAAUGCCCUGACCAUGAGCAAGCAUUUAUACACGGAAGCUUGGGAUGCUGACAAGACUUUCAUCCACGUGAUGCCGGACACCCCAGAAAUCUUGCUGGCUAAGAGCAACUCUGCCAAUAUCAGCCAAAAACUUUAUACCAAGGGAUGGGAUGAAUCAAAGAUGAAGGACUAUGAUCUGAGAGCAGAUGCUAUUUCCAUCAAAAGUGCCAAGGCUUCCAGAGACAUAGCCAGUGACUACAAAUACAAGGAAGCACAUGUGAAACAGAGAGGCCACCACAUUGGAGCCCGGAGCGUUGAAGACGAUCCCAAGAUCAUGUGUGCUAUACACGCAGGGAAGAUUCAGAGUGAAAGGGAGUACAAAAAGGAAUUCCAGAAGUGGAAGACCAAGUUCAGUAGCCCCGUGGACAUGUUAGGCAUCUUGCUGGCCAAGAAAUGCCAGAUUCUGGUCAGUGACAUUGAUUAUCGCAAUUACCUGCAUCACUGGACCUGCUUACCUGAUCAAAACGACAUUAUCCAAGCAAGGAAGGCCUAUGACCUGCAGAGUGAUAGCGUGUAUAAAGCAGACCUGGAGUGGCUGCGUGGCAUUGGCUGGAUGCCCGAAGGCUCAGUGGAAAUGAACAGAGUGAAGGUUGCUCAAGACCUCGUGAACGAAAGGCAAUAUAGGACGCGGCCAGAAGCUUUGCCAUUCACCAGCAUCGUUGACACGCCAGCAGUUGUCCUGGCAAAAGCCAAUUCUCUGCAAAUAAGUGAGAAACUGUAUCAAGAAGCCUGGAACAAAGAUAAAGUCAACAUCACCAUUCCCUCGGACACUCCAGCCAUGCUGCAGGCCCAAAUCAAUGCCUUGCAAAUGAGCAAUAAACUCUACCAAAAAGACUGGAAUGAGGCCAAGCAGAAAGGUUAUGACAUAAAAGCUGAUGCCAUUGAAAUCAAGCAAGCCAAAGUCUCCAGGGACAUUGCCAGUCAGUACAAAUACAAAGAAGGUUACCGUAAGCAACUGGGCCACCACGUGGGUUUCCGCAGCCUGCAAGAUGACCCCAAGUUGGUAUGGUCCAUACACGCUGCUAAGAUCCAGAGUGACCGAGAGUACAAGAAAGCUUAUGAGAAGUCUAAAGGAAUUUACAACACGCCAUUGGACAUGAUGUCAAUUGUUCAAGCCAAGAAAUGCCAGGUCCUGGUCAGUGAUAUUGAUUAUCGCAAUUACCUGCACCAGUGGAUAUGUCUGCCAGACCAGAAUGAUGUGAUCCAGGCCAGGAAGGCCUAUGACCUGCAGAGCGAUAACCUGUACAAAGCUGACCUGGAAUGGAUGAAGGGUAUCGGAUGGUUGCCAGAAGGGUCUGUGGAUGUGAUGAGAGUGAAAAAUGCCCAGAAUCUCUUGAAUGAAAGGCUAUAUCGUAUAAGGCCAGAGGCCCUCAAAUUCACCAGCGUUGUCGAUACUCCAGAAGUAAUCCGGGCAAAGACCAAUGCUGUACAGAUCAGUGAGCCUUUGUAUCGUUAUGCCUGGGAGAGAGAGAAGAUGAAUGUGAGCAUCCCGGCUGAUACUCCACUGAUGCUGCAGUCCAAACUCAACAGUGUGCAGAUCAGCAAUAAACGCUAUCAGCAAGCUUGGGAAGACGUCAAGAUGACUGGUUAUGACCUGCGAGCAGAUGCCAUUGAGAUCCAGCAUGCCAAGGCUUCCAGGGACAUCGCCAGUGACUACAAAUACAAGGAAGCACAUGUGAAACAGAGAGGCCACCACAUUGGAGCCCGGAGCGUUGAAGAUGAUCCCAAGAUCAUGUGUGCUAUACACGCAGGGAAGAUUCAGAGUGAAAGGGAGUACAAAAAGGAAUUCCAGAAGUGGAAGACCAAGUUCAGUAGCCCCGUGGACAUGUUAGGCAUCUUGCUGGCCAAGAAAUGCCAGAUUCUGGUCAGUGACAUUGAUUAUCGCAAUUACCUGCAUCACUGGACCUGCUUACCUGAUCAAAACGACAUUAUCCAAGCAAGGAAGGCCUAUGACCUGCAGAGUGAUAGCGUGUAUAAAGCAGACCUGGAGUGGCUGCGUGGCAUUGGCUGGAUGCCCGAAGGCUCAGUGGAAAUGAACAGAGUGAAGGUUGCUCAAGACCUCGUGAAUGAAAGGCAAUAUAGGACGCGGCCAGAAGCUUUGCCAUUCACCAGCAUCGUUGACACGCCAGCAGUUGUCCUGGCAAAAGCCAAUUCUCUGCAAAUAAGUGAGAAACUGUAUCAAGAAGCCUGGAACAAAGAUAAAGUCAACAUCACCAUUCCCUCGGACACUCCAGCCAUGCUGCAGGCCCAAAUCAAUGCCUUGCAAAUGAGCAAUAAACUCUACCAAAAAGACUGGAAUGAGGCCAAGCAGAAAGGUUAUGACAUAAAAGCUGAUGCCAUUGAAAUCAAGCAAGCCAAAGUCUCCAGGGACAUUGCCAGUCAGUACAAAUACAAAGAAGGUUACCGUAAGCAACUGGGCCACCACGUGGGUUUCCGCAGCCUGCAAGAUGACCCCAAGUUGGUAUGGUCCAUACAUGCUGCUAAGAUCCAGAGUGACCGAGAGUACAAGAAAGCUUAUGAGAAGUCUAAAGGAAUUUACAACACGCCAUUGGACAUGAUGUCAAUUGUUCAAGCCAAGAAAUGCCAGGUCCUGGUCAGUGACAUUGAUUAUCGCAAUUACCUGCACCAGUGGAUAUGUCUGCCAGACCAGAAUGAUGUGAUCCAGGCCAGGAAGGCCUAUGACCUGCAGAGCGAUAACCUGUACAAAGCUGACCUGGAAUGGAUGAAGGGUAUUGGAUGGUUGCCAGAGGGGUCUGUGGAUGUGAUGAGAGUGAAGAAUGCCCAGAAUCUCUUGAAUGAAAGGCUAUAUCGUACAAGGCCAGAGGCCCUCAAAUACACCAGCGUUGUUGAUACUCCAGAAGUAAUCCGGGCAAGGAUCAAUGCUGUACAGAUCAGUGAGCCAUUGUAUCGUGAUGCCUGGGAGAGAGAGAAGAUGAAUGUGAGCAUCCCGGCUGAUACGCCACUGAUGCUGCAGUCCAAACUCAACAGUGUGCAGAUCAGCAAUAAACGCUAUCAGCAAGCUUGGGAAGACGUCAAGAUGACUGGUUAUGACCUGCGAGCAGAUGCCAUUGAGAUCCAGCAUGCCAAGGCUUCCAGGGACAUCGCCAGUGACUAUCUCUACAAAACCGCUUAUGAGAAACAGAAAGGCCACUACAUUGGAUGCAACGCCAAGGAAGACCCUAAACUGGUUUGGGCAGCAAAGGUGUUGAAGAUGCAGAAUGACAGGCUGUACAAGAAGGCCUACAACGAUCACAAGGCCCAGAUCACCAUCCCGGUGGACAUGGUGUCCAUCAACGCUGCCAAGGAAGGCCAGGCGAUAGCCAGCAACGUGGACUACCGCCAGUACCUGCACCGGUGGUCUUGCUUCCCUGAUCAGAAUGACGUCAUCCAGGCCAGGAAGGCCUAUGACCUGCAGAGCAAUGCCAUCUACAAGGCUGACUUGGAGUGGUUGCGCGGCAUCGGCUGGAUGCCUGAAGGGUCGCCUGAAGUAUUGAGAGUCAAAAACGCCCAGAACAUUCUAAGUGACAAUGUCUACCGGACACCUGUGGUGAAUCUCAAGUACACAAGCAUCGUGGACACACCUGACGUUGUCCUUGCUAAAUCAAAUGCUGAGAAUGUUAGCAUUCCAAAGUAUAGAGAACUUUGGGACAAGGACAAAACUUCAAUCCACGUAAUGCCAGAUACUCCAGAAAUUAAUCUCGCUAGAGCAAAUGCUCUUAAUGUGAGCAAUAAAAUUUACCGUGAGGGUUGGGAUGAAGUGAAGGCCAGCUGCGAUGUCCGGCUGGAUGCCAUCCCCAUCCAGGCGGCUAAGGCCUCCAGGGAGAUUGCCAGUGAUUACAAAUAUAAGCUUGACCAUGAGAAGCAGAAGGGGCACUAUGUGGGCACUCUUACAGCCAGGGAUGACAGCAAGAUCCGAUGGGCCCUCAUCGCUGGCAAGAUCCAGAAUGAGCGGGAGUACCGGCUGGACUGGGCCAAAUGGAAGGCCAAGAUCCAGAGCCCUGCAGACAUGCUCUCCAUCAAACAUUCAAAAUCAAGCCAGGCCCUGGUCAGCAACAUCGACUACCACAACUACCUCCACGAGUGGACAUGCAUGCCGGACCAGAACGAUGUGAUCCAGGCCAGGAAGGCCUACGACCUGCAGAGCGACGCUAUUUACAAGGCCGACUUGGAAUGGUUACGAGGAAUUGGGUGGAUGCCAAAUGAUUCUGUUUCCGUCAAUCAUGCCAAACAUGCUGCGGAUAUCUUCAGCGAGAAAAAAUACCGCACAAAAAUAGAAACCCUCAACUUUACCCCUGUGGACGACAGAGUUGAUUAUGUGACCGCAAAACAAAGUGGUGAGAUCCUCAAUGAUAUUAAAUACAGGAAAAACUGGAAUGACACCAAAUCCAAUUACACCCUCACGGAAACCCCCCAGCUGCAUGCUGCCCAGGAGGCUGCCCGGAUACUGGACCAGUACCUCUACAAGGAAGGCUGGGAGAAACAAAAAGCCACGGGCUACAUCUUGCCUCCAGACGCUGUGCCGUUUGUUCAUGCUCAUCACUCCAGCGAUGUUCAGAGUGAGCUGAAGUACAAAGCUGAACACGUAAAGCAAAAAGGUCACUAUGUGGGUGUCCCGACGAUGAGAGACGACCCUAAACUGGUUUGGUUUGAGCAUGCAGGCCAUAUUCAGAACGACAGACUGUACAAAGAGAACUAUCACAAAACAAAGGCCAAAAUCAAUAUACCGGCUGAUAUAGUGUCGGUCAUGGCUGCCAAGCAGGGGCAGUCCCUUGUCAGUGACAUCGACUACCGUAAUUACCUGCACCAGUGGACGUGUCAUCCUGACCAAAAUGAUGUUAUUCAAGCAAGAAAGGCCUAUGACCUACAGAGUGAUAAUAUCUACAAAGCUGACCUGGAGUGGCUCCGAGGCAUUGGCUGGAUGCCCCUGGAUUCUGUGGAGCAUGUAAGGGUUACUAGGAACCAGGAAAUGGUGAAUAAGAUAAAAUAUAAGAAAGACGCUCUUGAAAACUAUCCUAACUUUACAAGUGUGGUGGAUCCUCCGGAGAUUGUUUUGGCCAAGAUUAACUCCAUUAAUCAAAGUGAUGUGAAAUAUAAAGAAACAUUUAAUAAAGCCAAGGGCAAGUACACAUUUUCUCCAGAUACACCACACAUCUCCCACUCCAAAGACAUGGGGAAACUCUACAGCACGAUAUUGUAUAAGGGGGCGUGGGAGGGAACCAAAGCCUACGGCUACACCCUGGACGAGCGCUAUAUUCCCAUUGUGGGAGCCAAGCACGCCGAUCUGGUGAACAGUGAGCUUAAAUACAAAGAGACAUACGUGAAGCAGAGAGGUCACUACCUGGCUGGAAAAGAAAUCAGUGAGUUCCCUGGUGUGGUUCACUGUCUGGACUUUCAGAAGAUGAGGAGUGUGUUGAACUACAGAAAAAAUUAUGAGGACACCAAAGCAAAUGUUCAUAUCCCCAAUGAUAUGAUGAAUCACGUGCUGGCUAAAAAAUGCCAGUAUAUCCUCAGUGACCUGGAGUAUCGACACUACUUUCACCAGUGGACAUCUCUUCUGGAAGAGCCCAGUGUUAUACGUGCCCGGAAUGCCCAGGAGAUCCUGAGUGAUAAUGUGUAUAAAGAUGAUUUGAAUUGGUUGAAAGGCAUUGGUUGCUAUGUCUGGGAUACACCCCAAAUCCUCCACGCCAAGAAGUCAUAUAACCUCCAGAGUCAGUUACAAUACACAGCAGAAGGUAAAGAAAAUCUGAAAAACUACAAUAUGGUCACAGAUACACCGGUUUACGUGACUGCUCUUCAAAGUGGCAUUAAUGCCAGUGAGGUGAAAUAUAAAGAAAAUUAUCAUCAGAUUAAGGACAAGUAUACAACAGUUCUGAAAACAGUGGAUUAUGACAGAACCAAGAAUCUGAAGUCUCUUUUUAGCAGUAACCUGUACAAGGAGGCCUGGGACAGAGUGAAAGCCACCAGCUACAUCUUGCCACCCAGCACCCUGGCCCUGACACAUGCCAAGAACCAGAAGCAUCUGCCCAGCCGUGUCAAAUAUCGGGAAGAAUAUGAGAAGUUCAAAGCUCUUUAUACUUUACCAAGAAGUGUCGAAGAUGACCCGAACACGGCACGGUGCCUCCGAGUUGGCAAGCUCAACAUUGAUCGCCUAUAUAGAUCCGUGUAUGAAAAGAACAAGAUGAAAAUCAACAUUGUGCCGGACAUGGUAGAGAUGGUUACUGCCAAGGAUACUCAGAAGAAAGUCAGUGAGGUGGAUUACCGCCUGCACCUCCACGAAUGGAUCUGCCACCCCGACUUGAAAAUGAACAGUCAUGUCAGGAAAGUCACGGACCAGAUCAGUGAUAUUGUGUACAAGGAUGACCUCAACUGGCUGAAAGGCAUCGGUUGCUUUGUCUGGGACACUCCUGAAAUUCUCCAUGCCAAACACGCUUAUGAUCUACGCAAUGAUAUCAAGUACAAAGCUCAAGGGCUGAAAACAAGGAAUGACUACAAGCUGGUCACUGACACACCAGUCUACGUUCAGGCUGUCAAAAGUGGGAAACAGCUAAGUGACGUCGUCUACCACCAUGACUACGUGCACAGUGUCAGAGGCAAAGUGGCCCCAACUACGAAAACCGUGGAUCUGAACCGGGCCCUUCAUGCAUACAAGCUCCAGAGUGAGAAUCUAUACAAAACCGGCCUGCGCUUCCUGCCCAAGGGAUACAGGCUUCCAGUUGAUACUCCUCACUUCAAACACUCCAAGAACACCCGAUACAUGAGCAGUUAUUUCAAGUACAAAGAGGUCUAUGAACACAUCAAGGCAAAUGGGUAUACGCUUGGCCCCAAAGAUGUUCCAUUUGUCCACGUCCGGAGAGUCAACAAUGUCACCAGUGAGAGACUGUAUCGGGAAUUGUACCACAAACUGAAAGACAAGAUUCAUACAACUCCCGACACACCUGAAAUCCGCCAAGUCAAGAAGACACAAGAGGCUGUCAGUGAGUUGAUCUACAAAUCAGACUUCUUCAAGAUGCAGGGCCACCUGAUCUCCCUGCCAUACACACCCCAAGUGCUCCACUGUCGCUAUGUGGGAGACAUCACCAGUGAUAUUAAAUACAAAGAGGACUUGCGGAUCCUGAGAGGGUUUGGCUGCUUCCUGUACGACACUCCUGACAUGGUCCGCUCCCGGCACCUGCGGAAACUCUGGUCUAAUUACCUGUACACUGAUAAGGCCAGGAAGAUGCGAGACAAAUACAUGGUGGUGCUUGACACUCCAGAAUACAGGAAAGUGCAGGAACUGAAGACACACCUGAGUGAGCUGGUGUACAGAGCUGUGGGCAAGAAGCAGAAGUCGAUUUUCACUUCUGUUCCUGAGACUCCUGAUACUUUAAGAGCCAAGCGAGGGCAGAAGCUUCAGAGUCAGUAUCUGUAUGUUGAACUUGCCACCAAAGAGAGACCUCAUCAUCACGCUGGAAACCAGACCAAAGCCUUGAAGCAUGCCAGAGAUGUGAAGGACAUGGUCAGUGAGAAAAAGUACAAGACCCAAUAUGAGAAGAUGAAGGACAAGUAUACCCCGGUUCCAGAUACACCGAUCCUCAUCAGAGCCAAGAAAGCUUACUGGAAUGCCAGUGAUCUACGCUACAAAGAAACAUUCGAAAAGACCAAAGGGAAAUACCACACUGUGAAGGACGCUCUGGACAUUGUUUACCAUCGCAGAGUCACAGACGACAUCAGCAAAGUAAAAUAUAAGGAGAACUACAUGAGCCAGCUGGGAAUCUGGUGUUCCAUCCCUGACCGUCCCGAGCACUUCCACCACCGGGCAGUCACUGAUUCAGUCAGCGAUGUAAAAUAUAAAGAAGACUUGACCUGGCUUAGAGGCAUUGGUUGCUAUGCCUAUGAUACUCCCGACCUCACCUUGGCUGAAAAGAACAAGACUCUCUACAGCAAGUAUAAGUAUAAAGAGGUAUUUGAAAGAACAAAGUCAGAUUUCAAGUAUGUCGCCGACAGUCCGAUCAAUAGGCAUUUCAAGUAUGCAACUCAGUUGAUGAAUGAGAAAAAAUACAGAGCUGAUUAUGAGCAGCGGAAAGAUAAAUACCACCUGGUGGUCGAUGAGCCCAGACAUCUGCUGGCUAAGACCGCAGGCGACCAGAUCAGUCAGAGAAAAUAUAAAUCUAGUGCCAAGAUGCUUCUGAAACAAGGAUGUAAUGAAAUUCUGCGUCCAGAUAUGUUGACUGCGCUCUACAAUACACACAUGUGGAGCCAGAUCAAGUACAAGAAAAACUAUGAAAAAUCAAAGGACAAAUUUACUUCAGUUGUGGACACCCCCGAACACGUGCGAACUACAAAAGUCAACAAACAAAUCAGUGAUAUACUUUAUAAACUGGAAUACAACAAAGCCAAACCCAGAGGCUACACCACAAUCCACGACACGCCCAUGUUGCUGCACGUUCGCAAGGUCAAGGAUGAAGUCAGCGAUCUGAAAUACAAAGAAGUUUACGAAAGAAAUAAAUCUAACUGCACCAUCGAGCCAGAUGCUGUCCAUAUCAAAGCAGCCAAGGACGCCUACAAAGUCAACACCAACCUGGACUACAAGAAGCUGUAUGAAGCCAACAAGGCCCACUGGAGGUGGACCCCUGACCGACCGGAUUUCAUCCAGGCUGCCAAGUCAUCCCUGCAGCAGAGCGACUUUGAAUAUAAGCUGGACCGAGAGUUCCUCAAAGGCUGCAAGCUGUCUGUCACUGAUGAUAAAAACACAGUGCUGGCGCUCAGGAACACCUUAAUAGAAAGUGAACUGAAAUACAAAGAAAAACACGUCAAAGAAAGGGGAAGCUGCCAUGCUGUGCCGGACACGCCUCAGAUUCUCCUGGCAAAGACCGUCAGCAAUCUGGUGUCCGAGAACAAGUACAAGGACUAUGUCAAGAAGCACCUGGCCCAGGGCUCCUACACAACGCUGCCAAAGACCCGGGACACCAUCCAUGUCAAGGAAGUGACCAAGCAUGUCAGUGACACAAAUUACAAAAAGAAGUUUGUCAAGGAGAAAGGAAAAUCCAACUACUCCAUCAUGCUGGAGCCACCAGAUGUAAAACAUGCCAUGGACGUGGCCAAGAAGCAAAGUGACGUUGCUUACAGAAAAGAUGCCAAAGAGAACCUGCAUUACACCACAGUGGCUGAUCGGCCAGACAUCAAGAAGGCCACCCAGGCGGCCAAACAGGCCAGCGAGGUCGAGUAUCGAGCCAAGCACCGCAAGGAAGGCAGCCACGGGCUGAGCAUGCUCGGUCGUCCAGACAUCGAAAUGGCCAAGAAGGCAGCCAGGCUGAGCAGCCAGGUUAAAUAUCGGGAAAAUUUCGACAAAGAGAAGGGCAAGACUCCUAAAUACAACCCAAAAGACAGCCAGCUGUACAAAGUCAUGAAAGAUGCUAAUAAUCUUGCAAGUGAGGUUAAAUACAAAGCUGACCUGAAGAAACUUCACAAACCUGUGACUGACAUGAAGGAAUCUUUGAUCAUGAAUCAUGUCCUGAGCACAAGCCAACUUGCCAGUUCUUACCAGUACAAGAAGAAGUAUGAGAAGAGUAAAGGCCACUAUCACACCAUUCCUGACAACCUGGAGCAGCUGCACCUCAAAGAGGCCACAGAGUUGCAGAGUAUAGUGAAAUACAAAGAAAAGUAUGAAAAGGAACGAGGAAAGCCCAUGUUGGACUUUGAAACACCAACAUAUAUCACUGCCAAAGAGUCUCAGCAGAUGCAGAGUGGGAAAGAAUAUAGGAAAGAUUAUGAAGAGUCCAUUAAAGGCAGAAACCUGACUGGCCUGGAGGUCACACCAGCUUUAUUACAUGUCAAAUAUGCCACCAAAAUAGCCAGCGAGAAAGAGUACAGGAAAGAUCUAGAGGAAAGCAUCCGUGGGAAGGGUCUCACUGACAUGGAAGAUACGCCCGACAUGCUGAGAGCAAAGAACGCCACUCAGAUCCUCAAUGAGAAAGAGUAUAAGCGAGACCUGGAACUGGAAGUCAAAGGAAGAGGCCUGAAUGCCAUGGCCAAUGAAACUCCAGAUUUUAUGAGGGCCAAGAAUGCUACUGAUAUUGCCAGUCAGAUUAAGUAUAAGCAAUUAGCAGAAAUGGAAAAGGCCAAUUUCACUUCUGUGGUUGAUACUCCGGAGAUCAUUCAUGCCCAACAAGUCAAGAACCUGUCAAGCCAGAAAAAGUACAAGGAAGAUGCUGAGAAGUCCAUGUCCUAUUAUGAAACUGUUUUGGAUACCCCAGAGAUGCAGAGAGUCCGGGAGAACCAAAAGAACUUCAGCCUUCUCCAAUACCAGUGUGACCUCAAAAACAGUAAAGGAAAAAUUACAGUUGUUCAAGACACGCCAGAAAUACUUCGUGUUAAAGAAAAUCAAAAGAAUUUCAGCUCGGUUUUAUAUAAAGAGGAUGUCACCCCCGGAACGGCGAUUGGAAAGACCCCUGAGAUGACGCGAGUGAAGCAGACACAGGACCACAUUAGCUCGGUGAAGUAUAAGGAAACAAUUGGACAAGGAACGCCUGUCUCGGACCUGCCUGAAGUGAAACGUGUCAAGGAGACCCAGAAGCACAUUAGCUCGGUAAUGUACAAAGACAGCUUGGGAACAGGCACUCCAACUACAGUCACGCCAGAGAUUGAGAGAGUCAGACGCAAUCAAGAGAACUUUAGCUCGGUUUUGUACAAAGAAAAUUUGGGGACAGGAACCCCAACACCUAUCACUCCAGAGAUGGAGAGAGUCAAACGCAAUCAAGAGAACUUUAGCUCGAUACUGUACAAAGAGAACUUGACCAAGGGGACCCCCAUACCUGUCACUCCUGAGAUGGAGAGAGUCAAACGCAAUCAAGAGAACUUUAGCUCGAUACUGUACAAAGAGAACUUGACCAAGGGGACCCCCAUACCUGUCACUCCUGAGAUGGAGAGAGUCAAACGCAAUCAAGAGAACUUUAGCUCGAUAUUGUACAAAGAGAACUUGACCAAGGGGACCCCCAUACCUGUCACUCCUGAGAUGGAGAGAGUCAAACGCAAUCAAGAGAACUUUAGCUCGGUGUCGUAUAAAGAAAACGUUGGAAAAGGGAUUCCAAUCCCCAUCACUCCAGAGAUGGAGAGAGUCAAACUCAAUCAAGAAAACUUUAGUUCGGUGCUAUACAAAGAAAACCUGGGGACAGGAAUUCCAGUCCCCAUCACUCCUGAGAUGCAGAGAGUCAAACAGAAUCAAGAAAACCUUAGCUCGGUGUUGUACAAGGAAAACAUGGGCAAGGGAACCCCUUUACCUGUCACUCCAGAGAUGGAGAGAGUCAAACACAAUCAAGAAAAUAUUAGCUCGGUUUUGUACAAGGAGAAUGUGGGAAAAGCCACCCCAACCCCUGUCACUCCAGAGAUGCAGAGAGUCAAACGCAAUCAAGAAAACAUUAGCUCGGUGUUAUACAAAGAGAACCUGGGGAAAGCAACCCCCACACCCUUUACUCCAGAGAUGGAAAGAGUCAAACGCAAUCAAGAAAACUUUAGCUCGGUAUUGUACAAAGAGAAUAUGAGAAAAGCAACUCCGACACCUGUUACUCCAGAGAUGGAGAGAGCUAAGCGCAACCAAGAAAACAUUAGCUCGGUUCUUUAUUCUGAUAGCUUCCGGAAACAAAUACAAGGCAAAGCCGCCUACGUGCUGGACACUCCCGAGAUGAGACGGGUGAGGGAGACCCAACGGCAUAUCUCCACGGUGAAAUAUCAUGAAGACUUUGAGAAACACAAGGGGUGCUUCACACCUGUGGUAACGGACCCCAUCACUGAACGAGUGAAAAAGAACAUGCAAGAUUUCAGUGACAUUAGCUACCGAGGUAUUCAAAGGAAAGUGGUAGAAAUGGAACAAAAACGCAGUGACCAGGAUCAGGAAACUGUUACAGGUUUACGUGUCUGGCGUACUAAUCCUGGUUCAGUUUUUGACUAUGAUCCUGCAGAAGAUAAUAUUCAAUCCCGAAGCUUACACAAGAUUAAUGUCCAAGCUCAGCGCAAGAGCCGAGAUCAGUCACGAUCUGCCAGUGCACUGAGCAUCAGUGGGGGUGAGGAGAAGUCUGAGCAUUCGGAAGCUGCUGACCACCACCUGUCCACCUACAGUGAUGGAGGCGUCUUCUUCUCUACAACCUCAUCAGCUUAUAAACAUGCAAAAACCACAGUACUCCCACAACAACGAUCUUCUUCAGUUGCUACCCAACAGACAACGGUAUCCUCUAUCCCAUCUCAUCCAUCUACUGCUGGAAAAAUCUUCCGUGCCAUGUAUGAUUAUAUGGCUGCAGACGCCGAUGAGGUGUCCUUCAAAGAUGGAGAUGCUAUCAUAAAUGUCCAGGCCAUUGAUGAAGGCUGGAUGUAUGGCACCGUGCAGAGGACCGGCAGGACUGGCAUGCUCCCGGCCAACUAUGUUGAAGCUCUUUAGGCAUUUCAGAGAAUCACACCUGUCUGCAGGACUACAAACCCUGCAGUUGGAUUUCAGUUUAGACUUUCCACUAUUACCCAAGUUCUCAAACUGGCCAUGGUUAUUCUGUGUCAGUAUGAUUUAUGGUAGUAUCAUCCUUCUUCUGUUUUAAAAUGUUUAAUUUCUGAAUAGACAGUUUUGAUGAUUCUGGAAUGUUGUAUUAUUGCUGUUAUCAACCCAGUCUUUCUGUCAUAAAAAUGGUUAACCUUUUUUCUCUUCUAAAACGGAUAUUCUGAACAUGUCAAACACAUUAACUGGCAGAGAUUCAUCUUUUCCUUUCUUACUGAUUGCUAGCUUGUAUUUCUAAUCCAAUUCUGAAAAUAUAAAGCUGAUAGUCAAUAUAAACUGGUGAUUAAAGUGGUUAACUAAUAAAAUCUAUAAUUCUGCAACAUA